AGUGCCUUUCUACAGGACCAACGUUUACCUUCCAAACAUGGCUACCACGGUAGGAAGUUUGGAAGCCGGUGUUGGCAUUGGUUCUGGAAGGAUGUGGAAACUUUUGCUUGCAUUGCUGACUCUUCUACCAGGCGUCUUUGCUGGGGCGGACUCCAAAGCUGUCACAACAACACUGACCACAAAGUGGCCGGCCACUCCCCUCCUCUUAGAGGCCAGUGAAUUUCUGGCUGAGGAAAACCAGGACAAGUUCUGGGAUUUUGUGGAAGCCAACCAGCAUGUUGAAAAUGAACAUGAUAACACGGAUCUGUCCUACUAUGAGCUGAUCCUGAAGAAGGCCCAUCCACUGGUCAGCCCUGUGCAGCUGAACAUGCUGAAGUUCGCCCUCUCUCUCAGAGCUUACUCGUCCACCGUGCACUCCUUCCAGCAGAUUGCAACCAAUGAACCUCCUCCGCCGGGCUGCACAGCGUUCUUCAGUGUCCAUGGAGCGAAGAGCUGUAAUACUGAGCAUUUGAAAGACCUGCUGGACAGUGCGUUCGAAAGGUCAAAGCCAUAUCUCUUCAAAGGAGAUCACAAAUUCCCCUCGACCAAUCCCGAGGCUCCUGUUGUCAUCCUGUAUGCAGAAAUGGGCACCAGCGAGUUCUCCAGGUUCCACCAGCUGAUGCUGUCCCAAGCCAACAACGGUGUGAUUGUCUAUGUCCUCCGCCAUUUUGUUGCUAAUCCCAGCAAGAAUAGAGUAUACCUGUCCGGCUAUGGGGUUGAGCUCGCCAUCAAAAAUCAAGAAUACAAAGCCAAGGACGACACUCAGGUCGAAGGAGGGGAUGAAACCAACGCCACUUUGUUUGGAGAGAAAGACAGCAUUGAUGAAGUCCAGGGCUUUCUCUUUGGCAAACUUAGGACUCUGCAUCCCGAGCUGAAGGAAGAGCUGAGAGAACUCCGGAAGCACCUGGUGGAGAGCACCAAUGAGAUGGCUCCCCUCAAAGUGUGGCAGAUGCAAGAUCUCAGUUUUCAGACAGCGGCACGGAUCCUGGCGGCGCCGGCGGUGGAAGCGCUCACCGUGAUGAGAGAUCUGAGCCAGAACUUCCCCACCAAGGCCAGAUCCAUAACCAAGACCGUUGUGAACUCGGAGAUCCGUAAAGAAAUCGAGGAAAACCAGAAGGUCUUCAAAGGCACUCUGGGUCUGCAGCCUGGCGAGUCGGCCCUCUUCAUCAACGGCCUCCACAUCGACCUGGACGUGCAGGACAUCUUCAGCGUGUUUGACGUGCUGCGUAACGAGGCUCGGGUGAUGGAGGGCCUGCGCAGCCUGCUCAUCGACACACCCUUCAUCCACGACGUCCUCAAGCUCAACGUCCAGCCUGCCGACUCCGACUAUGCUGUGGACAUCCGCAGCCCCGCCAUCAACUGGAUCAAUAACCUGGAGAUGGACCCGAGGUACGCCGCGUGGCCGUACAACGUCCAGGAGCUGCUCCGUCCCACCUUUCCCGGGGUCAUCCGCCAGAUCCGCAAAAACUUCCACAACCUGGUGAUCAUCCUGGAUCCCGCCCAGGAAAACUCGGCCGAGCUCCUGAGCGUGGCUGAGAUGUUCUACAGCAAUAACAUCCCUCUCAGGAUUGGUGUGGUGUUUGUGGUGAACGAUGAGGACGAUGUGGAUGGGAUGCAGGACGCAGGAGUGGCCAUGCUACGAGCCUUCAACUACAUCACUGACGACGAGGACGACCAGCAUGCCUUCGACGCCAUCAUCAGUAUGCUGAACAGGGUCCCCCCGGGUGGACAACUGAAGGUGGAGCACGUGGUGGGAUUCCUGGAGAAGAGCUACCCCUAUGUGAAGGUCUCCAGCAUCCUGGGAUCUGACUCCGCCUAUGACAAAAACAGGAAGGAGGGCAAGGCGUACUUUGAGCAGACUGGCGUGGGUCCUCUGCCCGUGGUCCUGUACAACGGCAUGCCCUACCAGCGGGAGCAGCUGGACCCGGACGAGAUGGAGACCGUCACCAUGCAGAAGAUCCUGGAGACCACCACCUUCUUCCAGAGGGCCGUCUACCUGGGAGAGCUGGUGAGUGACCACGAUGUGGUGGACUUCAUCAUGAACCAGCCUAACGUGGUCCCGCGCAUCAACUCCAGGAUCCUCUCCACCAGCCGGCAGUACCUGGACCUCUCCAAUACCAACAAUCAUUUCAUCGAUGACUACGCCCGGUUCCACUUCCUGGACACCAGAGAGAAGAACACGGCGGUGGCCAACAGCAUGAACUACAUGACUAAGAAGGGCAUGUCCUCCAGGGAUUCUUCUGACGAUGGCAUCAUCCGGCCCGUGACCUUCUGGGUGGUGGGUGACUUCGAUCAGCCCUCAGGCAGACAGAUGCUCUACGACGCCAUCAGGCACAUGAAAACGAGUAAUAACGUUCGGCUGGGCAUGAUCAACAACCCCAGUGAGAACCCCACCAGCGAGAGCAGCGUGUUCGCUCGUGCCAUCUGGGCAGCCAUGCAGACGCAGUCGGCCAACAACGCCAAGAACUUCAUCACCAAGAUGUCCAAGGAGGAGACCGCUAAAGCCCUCGACGGCGGGGCAGACAUCACCGACUUCGCAGUGGGGGGCAUGGACGUGUCUCUGUUUAAGAGCGCGUACAGCACCCCCAAGGUGGACUUCCUGCUAUCCCACGCGGCCUACUGUCGGGACGUCCUGAAGCUGCAGAAGGGCCAGAGGGCCGUCAUUAGCAACGGGCGGAUUAUUGGGCCUCUGGAGGAAGGCGAGGUCUUUAAUCAGGAUGACUUCCUGCUACUGGAGAGCAUCAUCUUAAAGACGUCCGGCGAGCGAAUCAAGAGCAACGUCCAGAAACUCGGUGUGGAAGAGGACAGGGCCAGUGAUCUGGUGAUGAAGGUGGACGCGUUGCUGUCUUCGCAGCCCAAAGGCGAGGCCAGGAUUGAGUAUGGCUUUGCUGAAGAGAGAUACAGUGCUGUGAAGGUCAGGCCCAGGGAGGAGGACGUGUACUUUGACGUGGUGGCCGUGGUGGACCCCGUGACCAGAGACGCUCAGAAACUAGCCCCUCUGCUCUUGGUGCUGAAGCAGCUGGUCAAUGUCAACCUGCGCAUCUUCAUGAACUGCCAGUCCCGCCUCUCCGACAUGCCGCUGAAGAGCUUCUACCGCUACGUGCUGGAGCCAGAGCUGAGCUUCCAGGCUGAUAACAGCCUAGCCCUGGGGCCCCUGGCCAAGUUCCGGGACAUGCCCCAGUCUCCCCUCUUCACUCUUAACCUCAACACCCCCGAGAGCUGGAUAGUGGAGUCUGUCAACACGCGCUACGACCUGGACAACAUCUACCUGCAGGAGGUGGACAGCGUUGUGCCUGCGGAGUACGAGCUGGAAUAUUUACUGGUGGAGGGCCACUGUUUCGACGUGAGCACGGGGCAGCCCCCCCGCGGCCUGCAGUUCACCCUGGGCACAGCCUCCAGCCCCGUCAUCAUGGACACCAUCGUCAUGGCCAACCUGGGCUACUUCCAGCUCAAGGCUAACCCGGGAGCCUGGGUGUUGAAACUCCGCAAGGGCAGGUCUGAGGACAUCUACAAGAUCUACAGCCAUGAUGGCACCGACUCCCCUGCAGACGCUGAUGAUCUCAUCGUGGUCCUGAACAACUUCAAGAGCAAGAUCAUUAAAGUGAAGGUCCAGAAGAAGCCGGAGAAGAUGAACGAGGAUCUGCUGAGUGAUGACGUCCACGAGAACGACUCGGGGUUCUGGGAGUCUCUCACGCGAGGGUUCACGGGCGGAAGCAAAGUGGAAGAGAGCAAGCAGGAGAAGGAGUCUGUCCUCAACAUCUUCUCCCUGGCCUCGGGGCACCUGUACGAGCGCUUCCUCAGGAUUAUGAUGCUCUCAGUAAUAAAGAACACCAAGACACCCGUCAAGUUCUGGUUCCUGAAGAAUUACCUGUCUCCCACUUUCAAGGAGUUUAUCCCCUACAUGGCGGAACAGCAUGGCUUCCAGUAUGAGCUCAUCCAGUACAAGUGGCCCCGCUGGUUACACCAGCAGACAGAGAAGCAGCGCAUCAUCUGGGGCUACAAGAUCCUCUUCCUGGACGUGCUCUUCCCGCUGGCCGUCGACAAGAUCAUAUUUGUGGACGCCGACCAGAUAGUCCGCACUGACCUGAAGGAGCUGCGUGACUUUGACCUGGAGGGGGCGCCCUAUGGCUACACGCCCUUCUGCGAAAGCCGGCGGGAGAUGGACGGCUACCGCUUCUGGAAAUCUGGCUACUGGGCCAGUCACCUGGCUGGACGCAAGUACCACAUCAGUGCCCUGUACGUGGUGGACCUGAAGAAGUUCCGGAAGAUUGCAGCAGGGGACCGCCUGAGGGGGCAGUAUCAGGGUCUCAGCCAAGACCCCAAUAGCCUCUCCAAUCUGGACCAGGAUCUGCCCAACAACAUGAUCCACCAGGUGCCCAUCAAGUCUCUCCCCCAGGAGUGGCUCUGGUGUGAGACCUGGUGCGAUGAGACAUCCAAGAAGAAGGCCAAGACUAUCGAUCUGUGUAAUAACCCCCAGACCAAAGAGCCCAAGCUGCAGGCUGCCGUGCGCAUCGUGGCCGAGUGGAGCGACUACGACCAGGAGGUCAAGCGCCUCUAUGGAAAGUUCCAGAAGGAGAAGGAGACGGGAGGGACCAGCGCUGAAAAGCCUCAGAGCACAAGCCCGGGUACUGACGAGCAUAUUGAACUGUGAGCACAGCCCUUACAAUUAAGGAAAACUUGACUCUGUUUAAAGAGUUUUUUUUGUGGUUUUGUUGGGAUUUUUUGUUUUGUUUGUUUUGUUUGUUUGUUUUUUUUUUUUUUUUAGCAGAAGUCCAUUCUCAUGGAACAUGGCUGCUAUGAUGAACUUGCUACGCUGAGAGACUUGAUUAAAAAAAAAUCCUAUCCGUC